GGAGAAGCGCGCGGUUUUUUCUCGCGCCGGGGCUUGAGGAAGCGCGCUGGGCGUGUUGGGCUGUGGGGAGUUAGCGCGCGGCUGUGGAGGCGCUCGGAGGAGGCGACCGGGUGCCCGGCGGCUAUCCAGCCAUGCCUGCGGAGCAGCCCGCAAGCAGCAGCGGGUCCGUAGCCCCAGAAAUGGCUGAGCCGACGGAACCUGCACUGAUUACCCCAGCCAUGCUGGAGGAGGAGGAGCAGCUCGAGGCUGCGGGACUUGAAAGGGAGCGGAAGAUGUUAGAAGAGGCUCGAAUGUCUUGGGAUAGAGAGUCCACUGAAAUUCGGUACCGCAGACUUCAGCAUUUGCUUGAAAAAAGCAAUAUCUACUCAAAAUUUUUGUUGACUAAAAUGGAACAACAGCAGUUGGAGGAACAGAAGAAGAAAGAGAAGUUGGAGAAAAAAAAGCGAUCAUUAAAAGUUGUAGAGGUAAUAAUCUAUGCCACCGGCUUGUUAGCAGCGUUUAAUAUCAAACUUUUAAUUAAAUAUUUCUCAUUACAGGAUGAAAGCUCUUCCACUGCUAAUCUCUGUGUAGAAGAUCUUCAGAAAAAUAAGGAUUCAAAUAGUAUAAUUAAAGAUAGAUUGUCCCAAACGGUUAGGGAGAAUUCUAAAUCCUUUUUUGACCCAGUUCGGAAAUGUAAUGGACAGCCUGUACCUUUUCAACAACCAAAACACUUCACAGGAGGAGUGAUGAGGUGGUACCAAGUAGAAGGCAUGGAAUGGCUCAGGAUGCUUUGGGAAAAUGGAAUUAAUGGCAUUUUAGCAGAUGAAAUGGGUUUGGGAAAGACUGUUCAGUGCAUUGCUACAAUUGCAUUGAUGAUUCAGAGGGGAGUACCUGGACCUUUUCUUGUUUGUGGCCCUUUGUCUACGCUUCCAAACUGGAUGGCUGAAUUCAAAAGAUUUACCCCAGAACAUUGCUAUUGGAAAUACUUAAUAGUAGAUGAAGGACACAGGAUUAAGAAUAUGAAGUGCCGGCUAAUCAGGGAGUUAAAACGGUUCAAUGCUGAUAACAAACUUCUUUUGACUGGUACUCCCUUGCAAAACAAUUUAUCAGAACUUUGGUCGUUGCUAAACUUUUUGUUACCAGAUGUAUUUGAUGACUUGAAAAGUUCUUCCUUUUUCUUGUCUACUUUUAAGAUUGAUGAAGAAUUAGUAACAAAUUCUGGGAAGUUCUUGAUUUUGGAUCGAAUGCUGCCAGAACUUAAAAAAAGAGGUCACAAGGUGCUGGUUUUUUCACAAAUGACAAGCAUGUUGGACAUCUUGAUGGAUUAUUGUCAGCUUAGAAACUUCACAUUUAGCAGACUUGAUGGGUCCAUGUCUUACUCAGAAAGAGAAAAAAAUAUAUACAGUUUCAACAUGGAUCCAGAUGUUUUUCUUUUCUUAGUGAGUACACGAGCUGGUGGUUUAGGCAUUAAUUUGACAGCGGCGGAUACGGUUAUCAUUUAUGACAGUGAUUGGAAUCCCCAGUCUGAUCUCCAGGCCCAAGAUAGAUGCCAUAGGAUUGGUCAGACAAAGCCAGUUGUUGUAUAUCGCCUUGUAACUGCAAAUACUAUUGAUCAGAAAAUUGUGGAAAGAGCAGCUGCUAAGAGAAAACUGGAGAAGCUUAUCAUCCAUAAAAAUCAUUUCAAAGGUGGUCAGUCUGGGUUAAGUCAGUCUAAGAAUUUCUUAGAUCCUAAGGAAUUAAUGGAAUUAUUAAAAUCUAGAGAUUAUGAAAGGGAAGUAAAAGGAUCAAGAGAGAAGGUCAUUAGUGAUGAAGACCUAGAAUUGUUAUUAGAUCGAAGUGAUCUCAUAGAUCAAAUGAAGGCCUCAAGACCGAUUAAAGAGAAAACAGGGAUAUUCAAGAUACUAGAAAAUUCUGAAGAUUCCAAUGCAGAAUGUUUGUUUUAAAACAGAGCUAAAUGGAUUUUAAAAACUUUUACAACAAUACUGGUAACUUGCCUACUGGCUUUGGAUUUUAUAAGUUUAUAUAAUGUAACUAGUAUUGUUACAUACUUGAAAUGAUAAUUUUCUGAGAUUAAUUAAGUAAAAAUUUCCUAUUAAAUUUAGAUUUUUCAGGUAGUUUUAGGGACUGGGUUGUACUUUUGAGUAUGGUAUUUGAAUAUUGUCUAAUAUGUACUUAACUGAUGACAAGUUUAUACAGUCUUCCUGUGGAAGUUUAGUGUCUCCCCCAACCCCUUUAGUAAUGUAAUUCAUGGGAUUUGGACUUCAGUUAUGGAGCAGGGUUUUGAUGGGGGAGAUUGAUUGAAAUUUUACUUUCUGUUGCUGAAGUAAAUUGUUUGAUUUUGAGUCCGUAAGAUGACUUACCAAAUAAAAGUUUAUUAUAAUAUGA